AUGCAAGUACAUUUGUUUGGUAAAGUAGACUCACCUUGUUGCGCGAAUUACGCUCUUCGACAAACUAGUAUCGAUCACGAUUGCGAAAUCGUAGACGCUAUCACGAAAAAGUUUUACAUGGAUGAUUAUCUAGACUCCAUGAAAACGGUAGACGAAGCCGUAUCGAUUGCAAAAACCGUGACUGAAGCAUUAAAAAGUUGUGGCUUUCGGUUUACAAAAUGGCUUUCAAAUUCUUGUGAAAUUCUUAAGUGUUUUCCAAAUACCGAAACCGUAAUCAACGUCAAUCUAGACCUAAACAAAUUACCGACUGAAAGAGUACUUGGUAUGUUAUGGAAUCCGAAUACUGACUAUUUCACAUUCAAAGUUGUCAACAAGCCAUCAGCUGAAAUUAAAAGAGACUGGGAUGAAGAAAUACCAACCGAAUUAAAAACAAGGUGGUUGAGCUGGAGAAGUGAACUGGAGAAAAUAACAUCGAUCAGCAUUCCUCGAUGGCUCAAACUACAAUCCAAUAAUCAGUUGAUUCAACUACAUAUUUUUUCCGACGCUUCAAUUAAUGCAUAUGGUGCUGUCGCAUAUCUACGUAUUCAAGAUACGCAUACCGUCAAUGUAACAUUCGUGAUGGGAAAAUCCAGAGCCGCACCGUUGAAUCCGAAAUCUCUCACAAUACCAAAAUUAGAAUUACAAGCUGCUGUCUUGGCUACAAGAAUGAGAGAAUCAAUAGUGAGUAGUCUUCCCAUGGACCUCAGUACCAAAUUUUGGACAGAUUCACAAAUAGUUUUGAAAUAUAUCUCGAAUGAAAACCAAAAAUUUCCAGUAUUCGUUAUGAAUCGCAUCAAUGAAAUUCGUACUACGACUGACGUCAAUUCGUGGCGUUUUGUGCCAGGAACUCUAAACCCAGCAGACAAUGCUACAAGAUAUGUACCACUAUCAUCGACCGAGAAUUCCAGAUGGUUAACCGGUCCAUCGUUUUUAAUCGAAGAAGAAUGCAAUUGGCCAGACCAAAACCAAAAUGUCAUUCAAAGUGAAGAAGACGCAGAUAUUACCAACUUUCAGUCAACUAGUAAUGCAAUACCAGAGAAAACAUCCUUUAUCAAAUGGGAAAGUUAUUCCGAUGGGGGAGGAUCUGAACGUGAAAAAUUUGAUUACCUGACCGUUGAUAAAAUUGAAGCAACAAAGUUACAGUUGUAUAGCAUCUCACAACAAGAAUCCUACCCAUCAGUAUUCGAAAUCCUACAAUCACACAAGGAACUACCAAAAAGUUCACCACUUGUAGCUUUGAGACCAAUGAUGCAAAACAAUUUGAUUCGUGUUGGAGGAAGAAUUGGUUUAAUCGAUAUACCAUUUGAAUCGAAGCACCAAGUGAUAAUCUCGCCGAAACACCACAUUGCACGACUCAUAAUUCAACACAUUCAUCAUACAAACUUCCAUGUUGGACAAAACGCCACACUAGCACUAUCAAGACAAAAUAUUUGGAUUCCGACUGGAAAAUCCUAUGUGAAGAAUUUGAUAAAUGUAUGUACAUACUGCAAAUCAAAGAAAGUCAAGCCAAUGUCACCACUUAUGGGAGAUCUACCAAUCGAUCGACUUUCUGUAGGUGAACCACCAUUUAAUCGAUCAGGAGUAGAUUACUUUGGUCCAAUGAUUGUCAAGAGAAGUAAGAGGACAAGAGCUUCAUCUCGAACCGUGAAAAGGUAUGGAGCAUUGUUUACCUGCAUGACGUCACGUGCCCUUCAUAUUGAGCUAGCUGGAGAUUUAUCGACAGAUAGUUUCAUUCUUGCACUUCGACGUUUUAUCUCAAGAAGAGGAAACCCAAAAACAAUCACCAGCGACAACGGAACCAACUUCGUGGCGCAGAUCGUGAACUAA